CCUACUUACAUUGCUCACUUCGAGGUCAAUUGGGCACCAGAAUCCAUUCACAUCAGAGACCGUGUCUACUACCUUGCGUACUGCUUGUCUUUCGUACUCGUCCAGAACGAAUACAUCCUCUCGUCUUCAAUUGUCUCCGCCAGACAACGAAGCCAUGUCCUCGGACAACACUCUCGAGUCCAUCGCCGCAGAGACGGACGGGACCAAUCUGUACGGAUCCAUCGACAAGUUGAAUGUGCAUGGGCUGAACCUAACCGUCCCGGAGGACGCGCAAGCGAUCAUCAAGCCCUGGGACGAGCGCAACGACACCUCCCGGUACGCCGAGUCCGGAGUCGACGAUCAGUUCAUCAUACAUGUGCCGUUCACCCAGAACGUGCGUGUCAAGUCCGUGCUCAUGAAGCUGGGCAGGGGUGAGGUAGCUCCGCGACGUAUACGCAUAUACGUGAACCACGCCACGAUCGUCGACUUCGCUGCGGCCGAGGAUAUUACGCCCCACUUAAAUAUCAGCCUCCUCCAAGACGACACCGGGGUGACGGAGUAUCCAUUGCGGAGCGCUGCCUUUACCAACGUGCAUUCGCUCUCGUUGUUCUUCAGUGAAUCCGUCGGUGGCGACUCAUCCACGGUGUACUACCUGGGCUUCCGAGGAGAUAACCGCUCGCAGCGAAGAGAUGCCAGUCAGAAGCUGGUGAUACCUGCUGAGACCGCAGCGCGCGCUCCAUUGGUCGACAAGGUGUCUGAGAAGACAGGCGCACAACAGACUACUGCCCGAUGACCGUGUGCAGAUAUCGUACGUACUUACUUACGCUUUGCCUGGGCUGACAGCGCAAACAAAUGUGUUAUAUUACAUCAGGGAAACGUACUUAUACAUGGGCAUGACACCUGCUUACUUAUGGACGAGUCAAGUAGCCGUUCCUGCGCUGCCACUCCUGUACCUACUACCGUUAUCCGACAUGUUCAACAGCUGCCAACCCCACAUGUCUCCAACCUCUAAUGUUUGGCAGGCCACAAGGAUCCUCAGUGAACCGACAAGCCUUGACAAGGCCAAGGUUCUUUCCAGGAGCUCGGGUAAUACCUGACUGACCACUGAUCCCGUGAAGGC